GGAGCAGAACAAUCUUAUUCAGAAACUACAUUCAUUCCAUAGAAUACUGGGUCAGAGUAUCAACAGAGACUUUCUGCUUAAUACGGAUCAACCCCUGCCCAGGAUGGAUGUCUUGUCUGCAGAGAAUGCUCACUCUCCAUGCUUAGAUAUGGAACUCUCUCAACCCUCUCCUCCUCCUCUUACCCACAACAAGCUGGAGUCUCUAGACUCAGCGACCUACUUGGGAUCUGUGUCCUCUAACGACCAUGAUCAGGCGUCCGCAGCCUCAUUUCUGCAGUACGUGGAGAGCAAUGAGUUUGGCGGAGGUUUAGGAGGAUAUCCAGGAGCUGUUUAUGUUUCUCCAUCCUUGUAUCCUAACUCUACCUCCCCUUCAGCCACGACAUUCUACGAUACAUCAACAUAUACCGGUCUUCAGACUAAUGUGACCUCUCCCCAGUCCCAGCUGGUUUCCUAUGCUGGAUCCACCUUUCUUAUCCAGCCUGGACCUGAUGGGUCAACUACGCCCUUAAUCACAGCUGUCAGUCGAUCCCCGCAGGAUUCUAUUGAGAACAGCUGUGGGAGUCCGAACCCUGGACACUCCAUGAGCUACGCAACCCGUGUAUCUCCAAUAACAAUCCAGUGGUUGAUUGCCAACUAUGAGACUGCUGAAGGAGUUUCUCUUCCUAGAUCUACCCUCUACUCUCACUACCUGAGACAUUGUAAUGAAUCUAAGCAGGAUCCAGUAAAUGCUGCUAGCUUUGGAAAACUCAUUCGAUCCGUCUUUCUAGGCCUGAGAACAAGAAGCUAUGGUUUUGAUUUUUUAAGCUGUCAUUACUACGGUAUCCGAGUGAAGCCUAGUUCUACCUUGAACCACCUGGACGUAUCUUCUCCGCGUCCACCUGUAGCACAGAAGAAGAAAACCUCAAAUACUCAGAAGCUGGGAGAACAACCAGACCAAUCUCUACAGGUGAGUUCAACCCUUGGAUCAAGUCUUAGUGAAUACCUGGGUCCAGCUCAGGGUAUAACCCUACCCUCUCUAGCUGUCAACAAGGAGGAGAUUCCCCCCGACUUGGAUCCCGAGACCAUCACCAUCUUCACAGACAUGUACAAGAAGCAUCUCACCAGGAUACUGGACUGUGUCAUUAAUCUCAACUUUACAGAAAUUGAGAAAAUAUGGACUGAAUUUUGGCAUCUCAGCGAUGCGAAAGAUUUUGACAUGCUUGACUUGCAGCAAAAACCGGUUUCUAAGGAAAAACUUCUUCAGCUGUUUACUCUGCACAAAAUACAGAAUUAUGUGCAAGAAAGCGACUUUGUAUUCUACCAGGCUCUAGUUGACAUCCUUAUCCCUGAUGUUCUACGACCAAUACCUCCAACCCUUACUCAAGCUAUCAGGACAUUUGCCAAGUCCCUAGAGCCCUGGAUGACCUGUGCUAUGUCGGAUUGGAGCUCUGAGAUAAAAACAAUAAAACUGAAUACUGUCAGGGCGUUUUCUCAGACAUUAAGAAGAUAUACAAGUUUGAAUCAUCUAGCUCAGGCCGCUAGAGCAGUUCUGCAGAAUAAUCAGCAGAUUACACAAAUGCUGGCAGAUCUAAACAGGGUGGAUUUCUCGAAUGUUCAAGAGCAGGCAAGCUGGGUGUGUGGUUGUGACUCCAGCCUAGUUCUAGAGUUGGAGCAGGACUUCAAGGAUACCUUGAGUCAGCAGGUGAGCCUGGAGUGCUGGGCGGAGUGGUUGGAGGGUGUGGCGGACCGUGUGCUUAAGGCGGAGACUAAAGAAAACAUUGCAGCGGCUGCAAAACAGUUUCUUCUCAGAUGGUCUUUUUACUCAAGUAUGAUCAUCCGUGAUCUGACUCUACGGAGUGCAUCUAGCUUUGGGAGUUUCCAUUUGAUACGACUACUCUAUGACGAGUUCAUGUUCUACACUAUCGAACACAAGGUAGCCACAGUUCUGAAAACCACUCCAGUAGCCAUAAUGGUAGCUUCAAGUCCCCCUCCCAAGAAGCCGUGGCCUGUGGCGCCAAAGGAUUCCGUAAAUUCCGAAAAUCUGUUUAAGCGCAGUAUUCCGUUAAUUGCCGAGAAAUCUAAACCUGAUAUGAACCUUCCGUCUGUUCUGCCUACGCCCGGGCAAACCCUGCGCAAUGCCGCUGAAAACUCAAAAUCCCCCAAAACUUCUGCUGCCACAAACUCAACAAAUUUGGAGGAUUUUACGGACGACAUUUUCCCAAAAAAGGUUAAAUAUGAGUAUGACUAGGAAUGCCAUCCGAUCUUUAUAGUCAUUCAUAUUUUUAAUCUCUUUUAUGUUUAUGUUUCAAGUUUUGAACCGCUAAACCUUACCUAGUCAUUAAUCAAGUCCAUUAACAAGUUUCGGUGAAUACGUAAUAAUACAGUAAUCUUUUCAAGCUCAAUGAAAGAAGUAUUUUUACUUAUCUAUAUCUUGCCUAUUUUCUGUGAUUUUAUUUUUAGUCAUUGUAAACAAUCUCCGUCCAGUAUCUAAGUGUACAAAUUAGACUUUUUAGGAAAAUUUUAUAAAUCUGGUUUUGUGCUAUAUAGGUUAUAUAUGCUGAAUACUAAUUAGUAAUGCUUUAAAAUUUUUAUAUCUUUUACUAGUGCCGAGUGCGAGAAAAGGGGUUGUUUAUAAUUAUCACUGUCCCCCAAAAAUAACAAAAAAUAAGCAACCAAAAACAUUUAAAGGACAAACUUUUUAUAAACAGUCCCUUAUUAAUAAAAUAUUGAGCCAACCGUAUCCGUCCAAUUGAAUAUAGGUGAUCUCAACCAGGUUCCGUCCAUAAACAUCAUUUGAUUGAUUUUAUUCUUGUAAAACUGUUGUAUACACUACACGUGUGAUUCUUUAAAAACUCAGAAAUGACUUAUAAAUUGUUUUUUUUUCUGAAGUAAUUCGUGAAUGCCAGACUGCACUUUUGUUUGAAUUUUGUAUUAAAGUGGUUGGUGUAGUAAUUCCGGUAAUUCUCCAUUUAAAGAUUUACUUUCCUAAUUCACAAUGGUAUCCUUUAAACUUAACACUAUCUGAGUAAGAUUAAGGAAGAUAUUACUGCAAAAAUAUGUCUAAUUUCCAAUUUUUAUUGUCUUGGCUCUAUGCUUAACUCCGCGAGUCAGUUUUACCAAGAAUCCAAAGUUGAGGAUUGUGAAUUUUCAAAUAGAAAAGCAAGACUAAUUACAUAAUUUUACAAAUCAUUGUGAUUCAGGCAUGCGACCCUUUAAAUGAAGGUUUACUUGAAAUCACGUUGACAGUCCCUUUAAGUAGUUUUUAUAUGAAUUGUAAACUAUUUAUGUGGUGAAUUGAAUUGCUAUCUUGUGUGAAACUUACAAAUAUAUAUAUUUGUGUGACAAA